AUGACAUUUCCACCAAAAGUUGAGGAUGUUCUUAGAGGAGUCGAAGUUAAAGCAGCCGUUAGUAAAGAAGGUAAAAAAGUGUUAAAUGUUGAAACACAAGUGUUUUUGAGCUGUUUACAUCGAAAUUUCAAUGAAAGACGAUUAGAGUUAUUGAAACAACGAGAUGAGUUUGUAAAAAGGAUUGAUGAAGGAGAAGUGUUGCCUAAUUUUCUAGCGGAGACCAAGUAUAUUCGCGAAGAUAGAAAUUGGCGUGGGCCAUCAUUGGGAAAGGGACUUGAAGAGAGAAAGGUUGAGAUCACAGGACCGGUGCAUGAAAAGAAGAUGGUUAUCAAUGGAUUGAAUAGUAAGGUAUCAGCAUAUAUGGCUGAUUUUGAGGAUUCGUUGAGUCCCACAUGGAACAAUCUUAUGAAUGGGCAGGUUAAUUUAUACGAAGCAGUGCGUAAGAGCAUUGAGAUUAAAGGAGAAGAAGGGGGUAAUAAAAAACAAUACAAGUUGAAUAAUAAAGAGGAAUUGCCCACGUUGAUUGUUCGACCCAGGGGAUUGCACUUGGAUGAAAAACAUGUUUUGGUUGAUGGAAAGGCUAUGAGCGGAUCAAUAUUUGAUUUUGGAGUUUAUUUUUUCAACAAUGGUAAGGAGACAAUUAAGCAAGAAAGUGGGCCAUAUUUCUAUUUGCCAAAGCUUGAGCAUCAUUUGGAAGCGAAAUUGUGGAAUGACAUAUUUAACUAUUCCCAAGAUUACAUUGGGAUGAAAAGAGGUAGCAUUCGUGCAACGGUGUUGAUUGAGACGUUGCCAGCUGUUUUCCAGAUGGACGAGAUUAUUUAUCAGUUGAGAGAACAUUCAUCUGGGUUGAAUUGUGGACGAUGGGACUAUUUGUUUUCGUACAUGAAGACGUUUAAGAACGACAAGCGAUUUGUAUUACCUAACAGGAGCCUUGUGAAUAUGAGUGUUGGAUUUAUGAGAAGUUAUGUUGAGUUAUUGAUUGAUACGUGCCACAAGAGAGGAGUGCAUGCGAUGGGAGGAAUGGCAGCAUUGAUUCCUAUCAAGAACGAUAAAGAGAUGAAUGCCAAAGCGAUGAAGAGCAUUAAAGAGGAUAAGUUGAGGGAGGUUUUGGCAGGACACGACGGGACGUGGAUUGCACAUCCAGGAAUUGCCCCAAUUGCCUACGAAGUGUUCAACAAGUAUAUCCCAGGGCCCAAUCAAAUGCAACACGAAAAGAAGAAGAAGAGAGAGAUCAGCAACUUUGACUUACUCUCGCCAUUUAUCGAUGAAGGAAUCAUCAGUGAAGAAGGUAUUCGCUUGAACAUUCGGGCCGGCAUUAUCUACUCGGAGAAUUGGUUGAAAGGAGUCGGGUGUGUUGCGAUCAAUUACUUGAUGGAAGAUGCAGCAACAGCAGAGGUUUCGCGAUUGCAACUCCACCAAUGGGUGAAGUUCAAUGUGAAGACAGACGAGAACAAGAGGGUGGACAAAGAGUAUGUCGCAAGAUUAUUUGAAGAGGAAAGCAGAAAGUUGAUCGAGAGCAACAGGGCCAACGAGGAGGUGAUCAACAAGGCUGCGCAGUACUUCAAGGAGGGAUGUGUUGGAGAAAAGUUCCACAAGUUUCUCACCACGAUGCUCUACGACGAAAUCACCACCGUUGGCAGAAGCUUUUCGGAAAGCAAAUUGUAG